AAUACACUAAAAAGAACGGCACCCAUAAAGCAAAAUGGAAGAAAUUUCUUCAACUAAAUCUUUUUCUCCCACUGAAGUCCCUCAGCUCCAUUCUGAAACAAAAAUCACUCACAUAAAUUUUCCUUAAUCCUUGUCGGGUUUUGAAGCUGAGUUGGUGGUUUGGUGCUUGGUUUCUUUACAGGUAGAAAGAGGGGUAUCUCUUGAUUUUCAGAUGGAAGAAGAGUGUCUUAACACAGAAUCGGUGGGAAAUGAUGAUGCUGCUGAUGAAUGUGGGAUUGAAGGAGAUUGUGCGAUGACGGAAUAUGUCAAUCAGACUGGUGUGAUUGAGAACCCCCUGCCUCCUUCCGUUGGCAUGGAGUUUGAGUCCUAUGAGGACGUGUAUUACUUUUACAAUUGCUAUGCCAAGCAACAGGGAUAUGGGAUUCGAGUAAGUAAUACAUGGUAUAGGAAGAGUAAAGAAAGAUACAGAGGAAAACUUAGCUGCAGUAGUGCAGGCUUCAAGAAGAAAAGUGAAGCAAACCGACCAAGACCUGAGACAAGAACAGGCUGUCCAGCGAUGGUGAAGUUCAGGUUGAUGGAAAACAAGAGGUGGAAAAUUAUUGAAGUCGAACUUGAGCACAAUCACUUAAUUACCCCAGGAAGCGGUAAAUUCUAUAAAUCUCAUAAAAUUAUUGGUCCUGGGACCAAAAGGACAUUGCAGUUAGAUGGUCCUGAAGAAGUACAGAAAAUUAAGCUGUUUCGCACUGUGAUUGUUGAUGCUGAGGGCAAUGGAGGUGUGGAUACUGAUGGAGGACAGUUUGGGAAUGAUGUUCUCCUGCCCAGUCAAUUGAAGCUCAAAGAAGGAGAUGCCCAAGCUGUUCAAAGUUUUUUUUUCCGCUUGCAAUUGAUGGAUCCCAACUUCUUUUACGUGGUAGAACUUAAUGAGAAAGGAUACAUGAGGAAUUUGUUUUGGACUGAUGCAAGGUCUAGGGCUGCGUAUGGUUACUUUUGUGAUGUAAUUGCAAUUGACACUAUGUGCUUGACAUACAAAUUUGAAGUACCACUGGUUGCAUUUAUUGGAGUAAACCAUCAUGGACAACCUAUCCUAUUGGGAUGUGGUAUGCUUGCCGAUGAAACAACCGAAUCAUAUACAUGGCUGUUGAGGGCAUGGCUUACAUGUGUGUUAGGACGUCCUCCACAAGCUAUCAUCACUGAUCACCAUAAGACCUUGCAAACUGCUGUCGCUGAUGUUUUCCCGAGAGCUUCUCAUUGUUUUUAUUUGUCACGUAUCGUGCAAAGAAUUCCAGAGAUUCUGGGAGAAUUGUUUGAUUUUGAAGCAAUUAAAGUAUCAUUGAGUAAAGUAGUUUACUGCUUUCUCAGGCCUGAGGAAUUUGAAGCAGCUUGGGAAGAGAUGACACAGCAUCAUGGAAUCAGGGAUCAUAAAUGGAUCCAAACAUUAUAUGAGGAUAGGAAAAGGUGGGUUCCAGCCUAUUUGAAAGAGACAUUUCUGGCAGGAAUGUUACCGCUCCAGCAAAAUGAAACUGCAGCUUCAUUUUUUGAAGGGUAUCUGGAUAGACAUACAUCUCUCAAAGAAUUUAUGGACAACUAUGAUCAAGCUUUACAGGCGAAUCGUCAGCUUGAAUCCUUGGCCGAUAUGGAUUCGAGGAAUUCAAGUUUUAUGCUAAAAUCAAGGUGUUUCUUUGAGCUGCAACUCUCAAAGUUGUACACAAAUGAAAUCCAGAGGAGAUUUGAAAGGGAGGUGGAGGGUAUGUACUCCUGUUUUAGCACAAGACAAGCUUAUGUUGAUGGACAGGUGAUGACAUAUUUAGUCAAAGAAGAAGUUGAAGUUGAAGGAAGUAAGCGGGAAACUAGAGAUUUUGAGGUCACGUACAAUGCAUCCGAAAUGGAUGUUCUUUGUGUUUGUGGAUUGUUCAAUUUUAGUGGGUUCUUGUGUAGGCAUGCAUUGAGUGUCCUUAACCAAAAUGGCUUGGAGGAGAUCCCGCCUCAAUACAUCCUCACACGGUGGAGAAAAGAUAUGAAGCGGUCUUAUGUUCUUGAUCACAGCUGCCGCGGUCUUGACAUCAAUAACCCAAUUCACAGGUAUGAUCAUUUGUACAAAUGCAUUGUUCGGGUUGUAGAGGAAGGGAGGAAAUCACAAGACUGUUCCAAGGCUACGCAGCAAGCUUUGGCCGACAUGUUGAGCAAGCUUCAUCUUGUAGAGGACCGGCCACCGGCCAUGUAAUACGUAAGAGUAUUGAAAGGUAGAAGAUAAGUGUGUGUGAUUGUAUUGCUUCUCUGUCAAGAAAGGCUGUAAGCUCAGGGAAACCAUGCAGCUGACAUAUUCGAAAAAUGUGUCGGAAUAAUCUGGAGAAAUUGUCUUGUUGCUGAAAAAAAAAAUGAUUUCCUGGAAAAAAUCAUUAAUUAGAAGUCGCAAGUUGUUCCUCGAGGACUUCCCAGCUCCGUACACCUGGAGGAAUGUUGCCCUCACGCUACUCUAUGAAUGAAUCUCGUUGAUUAUGGCUUUUUUA